AUGUCUGCGCUUUCCUUACUUUUUGUCUUCCUUUCUCUCUCUUUGCGAAACAACACCAUCAUGUCCGACGACGACGACGCGAAGAAAAAGGUCAAGACAGCGAAGAAGAAGAAGGAGAAGGAGACGAAAAGAACUUUCGCGAAUAAGAUUUUCGAUCGUUUUGCCGCGUUGCCGCGAGAGUAUAAGUGUGCCUUUUUUCUCGUCCUCCUCGCGGUGGUCGUUUUCCCUUUAACGACCUUAAAAGAGCGCUUUGAUGAGAAGGAAAAAAAGUGUCCAUUUGGCUUCCAAUCGAGAUCAAAUGUGAACUUUGAGUCUGAUUUACCUUCCUGGCAUCCAAAGCUGGUGUCUUACGACGUCGAAGGCGUAAACAACCUCGAGGUUGGUCCUCCGAUGUUGAAGAAAAACGAGAUUGCAAAAUUCGACGACAUAAUAGUUUACAGAGGGCAUUUUUACGUGAAAGGCAAACUGGAGCAAAAAAAGACGCAAUCGACACAACUGGUCGAGGACGAGAACGAGCUCCCGUGGGACCGAGAGGAGAGGAAAGCGAACGAGAUGCUCGAAAAGGAAAAGAGCAAAAAGGAGAAAAAAAAGAAAGACGUGGGAGAACGCAUCGCGGAUAGGUUCUUUCCGCUCGGAGGGACUUCGAAUUCGUACGCGAAAGCGGUCGCGAUGAACAACCGAACGAAACGAAUCAUGAGCGUCGCGAGCACGGAGGAAAAAGCAAAGAAGAUGAUUGAAACCUUUAGGAGCGUAGGAGUGACAGUAACUGAAGUCGUAGUGACGGAGAAUGGAGACGAGAGUAAGUUGAUUGUGCCUGGAUUUCACGAUUCGCACACACACGUUUUAUCGUUGGCUUUGAAGAGAGAGUUCGAGGUGGAUUUGUCCGACGUCGAAACGAAGAAAGAGUUCGUGACGAGGUUGAAAAUGAAGGAAAGGAGUUGGGCGCCUUUUCCACAGUUCAGCGAAGAGUGGAUUGUUGCCAGUGGCUACGACGAUGGUAAGAUACUCAGAGAGGACGGAAGGCUGGAUUUACCGUAUAAAGGGUGGAUCGACGACAUCUCCAAUCCCGUAAUCGCGUUUCGCGCGGAUAUGCACACGGCGAUUGUCAAUCAAGCCGGGUUUCGAAAAGCUAACGUGCGAUGGGCGGACGUGAAGAAAAACACGACCCACGAGUAUUACAGGCGGUUUCGCGAUUACAUCGAUUUCGAUACGGGUGAAGUCAAAGAUGACGCCAUGCAGUUGUUUCAAAAAGUCCUACCGAAAAGAACGAAGAAAGAACGGAAGAACGCUUUGAAACGAGCGCUCGCGCCGCUUUCAAAGUUAGGGAUAACGAGAGUGAGCGAUUUUGGCGCCAUCGAUGCGUUACAGGCGUAUGAUUUUGAACUUUCCAGAAGCGACUAUAUGAUUUUGAGGGAGUUAGAUAACGAAAUGCGGCCUCACGGUCUUCCUUUGAGAGUGAAUUGUUACUUGCCGUUUGACGACUGGCAGUUUGCCGCGUUGGAGCAAGAAAGAGGGAACGGAGCGUUUUUUCAUUACACCGGAUACAAAGGGAACGAAUUGCGGCAAAAAGAAUUGAACUUGGAUCAGACGAUACGGUCAAACGUGCGCAUCGCCGGCGUGAAGUUAUUUCUAGACGGAAGUCUCGGCGCAAAUACGGCAAAAUUUCACGAGCCGUAUAACAGUGGUUUCACGAAAACCAGUCACACGGCGACGGGAAUGUUUGUCCGAGACGUCCAACACGCGAAACAAAUAGCGAUCCUAGCGGAUAAAGCGGAAUUGCAAAUUGCUGUGCAUGCCAUUGGCGACGCCGCCGUGGACGCGGCUUUAGAUAUGCUCGAAACGAUUGAGAAAACGAACGGAAAAAGGGAUCGACGGUUUCGAAUCGAACAUAUUCAACACUUGAGCGGCGACGGAAGCAUCGAAAAUUUAAACUUGAAAACAGAAACCGUCGAGGCGCGCAUUAAGCGAUUAAAACCGAUCGCCUCGGUGCAGCCAUUGCAUUUAGCAUUAGACUCGGAAAGAGCACUCGUGGAGAAACUUGGACGCUCGAGAAUGGAACGAACUCACAUGUAUAAAUCGUUGAGCGAAUUAACCACCAUCGCGUUCGGCUCGGACGUUCCCAUCGCGCCUGCGAAUCCACUCGAAGCCAUCUUACAAGCCUCCACAAAACGAACGUUGAACAAAGAAGGUCAGUCUAUGAGUGUAGAGAUGGCGUUAGAAGCGCAAACGAUUGGUGGCGCGCGAGCGUCGUUCAACGAAGACGCUUUCGGUGGUUUCUUCAACGGCGCCCUGAUGGAUUUUGUCGUAUUGAAGAAGAAGAGUAGCGCAACUAGCAAUAGUAAAGAAAAAGAAGAAUCAAAAGAAGAAGAACGAGGGGAGGAGGAGAUCAUCGACGAUCGCUCCAUCGUUUAUGAAACCUGGGUUGGCGGACGCAAAGUGUAUUCAACCGCGUAA